GUAACCGCGAAACGAGUUGACUUCUACUAUGGGUUUCAUAAGUGGUACUCGUCCGAGUCUGACAUUGAUCUCAAGUUGAAUAAGUUGCGGACUCACGUUCAACUGGGGUGCACUUCUGGGUUGGUCGGCUAUUCAAGGGUCGCUCAGUUCUGCUCCGAUUGCCCUCUACCUAGCUGCCCUUCAGUGGACUCUCCUCUACGAUACUAUUUACGCACAUCAGCAUGCUCACGUCAAGCACGUCUAAACGAUCUUCAUUCCAGGACAAAACAGAUGGAUAUCAUGAUUGGAGUGAAAUCUACUGCAUUGCGACUUGGAGAUAAUACAAAGCCGUGGUUGUGUGGUUUUGGCACCGCAGCCAUUGCUGGGCUUGGUCUCACUGGAUACAUUGCAGAACAGACUUGGCCUUAUUACUUAGCUCUAGCAGGUCAUUCGAGCUUCAACUUAGCAAUGGCAAAUUGGUACUUCAACAUACACCCGAGAGUCAAAGACUGUUGA